AUGCCCGUCAAUGAAAGAUAUUUCCAGUUUUCCGUGUGUGUGCUGCUAUUCCUCUACGCCGCUGGCUUUAGUGAAGCAGAGCAAAGGUCUGGCCGGAUUGUAGGUGGACGCAAUGCAGACAUAAAGGAUCAUCCGCAUAUGCUGCUUUUGCGCAAAAGUGGAUACGCUACCUGUAGUGCAGUAGUGAUAGGGAAUAAGCACGCUCUCACUGCUGCCCACUGUGUGUACGGUGUGUCGGAUGCAAAAAAGAUUUCUUUGCAUGGUGGCUGUACAACACAAACGGGCACGAGUGUGGUAUUUAGUGCUGAACGUGUUCUGAUACACCCCAACUAUAACGACAGCAUCAAUGAUAAUGACGUAGCGAUCAUUGAGAUCAGCAGCGAGUUCAGUGGGCAUCAGAAUGUAGCACCUAUAACGUUGCAGAGUGCAGAACCUUCCACGUCUUCGUCAUCAUCCUCUGCAGUUUGUAACAUUACUGGUUGGGGUAUAGCCAACGCUAGAACGAACGCCGUAUCCAACACACUGCAAGUUGGGUCGCUUCAGCUCAUCACCCCGAGAACCUGUCGUGUGCAAUGGCAUCCGCUUGCUAUUACUUCCAGCAUGAUCUGCGCACGGGGUGAAGCUGCUGAUACGUGCGCGGGUGACAGUGGAGGUCCCCUCGUUUGUGAGGAUCGUUUGUAUGGUAUUGUGUCGUGGGGUAGUUCACGCUGUGAUAAAACUAAGCCUGCAGUGUUCACCAAGAUUUUUGCAAACAGCAUACGAUCUUUUAUCAAAUUAAGCACAGGUAUUUAA